AUGGCACCUUUGAGUGAAGGCUCUUUUUGGACUCCGACUGAGAGUAUGACCGGCCUAGGACACGCCAAGGAUUAUGAUUUAGGGACCGGCCUCGAAACUAAGACUGUGCAGAAAAGCUCACCAGUUCUCCAUGACAGCUAUGGCGUGGUUGUUAUAGGAGCAGGAUUCACUGGUGUCAUUGCAGCACGCGAAUUGAAUCAAAGACACAAUUUGAGAGUUUUACUAUCGGAGGCAAGAGAUCACAUCGGUGGUCGAACAUGGACAGCAAAAGUGUUAGGUGAAGAGCUAGAGAUGGGAGGAACUUGA